CGGUGGCUGACUAAAUACUUUUUUGCCCCACUGUACAUGUAUACAAAAUAUCCUCACAUUUAGUUACACAUUUCUGCUUUGCUAACUGGCUGGCAGGCGUGCUUUGACGAUCCAAAAAUGUUUUUUUCUCCAGCAACUCAAGAAAUGUACAGUUAAUAAUAAUCCAUCCAUUCAUUUUCUACCGCUUAUUCCCUUUGGGGUCCGGGGGGGCGCUGGUGCCUAUCUCAGCUACAAUAAUACAUUUUAUUUGGUAUAGCGCUUUUCAGAGUACUCAAAGACACUUUUCAGGACAAAAAAAUUAAAUAUAAAACAGUUCAAAGUAACAAUAAUAUAAAAUACAGGAAAUAUAAAUGCAGUACAUUGUAAAAUACAUAAAAACACUGGACUUUUACAACACGGGACAUCACAAGACACAGAACACUAAUCACAGGUUAAAACCAGAUCUAAAUAGGUAUGUUUUGAGAAGGCUUUUGAAGGUAGAAAGGUCUGAGCAGCUACGGAUGGGUUUGGGAAGAGAGUUCCAGAGGGUGGGAGCAGCGAUGGAGAAGGCUCUCUCACCCCAGGUCCGGCGCUUGGUUCUGAGUAGUGGGGAAAGGAGGUUGGCAUCAGAAGAGCGGAGGCUGCGUGAAAGGGUAUGGUGGUGAAGCAGGUUGAUGAGGUAGCAGGGGGCCUGGUAUUGGAGGGCUUUGUGGAUGAGGAGGAGGAUUUUAAGGUGGAUCCGGUGAGGAACGGGGAGCCAGUGGAGUUUCUGAAGGACUGGGGUGAUGUGCUCACGGGAGCGGGUGUGGCGUGGCAGUGGCAGGGAGAUGAAGGUCAAUGGGAACCGUACUCGACAUCCGACUGUGCCUUGCUGAACUCCGCUGUCACCUCGGGGGAAACCUCCAUCUCUCUGACUUUGGGCUCGGGAGCGGUUUACGAGGUGGACCUGAAGAAGAUGGUCCAAAUCAAUCCUGUCAGCAAGUACAAGAGGAAGAUUCGCUCCCAGCCGGCGAAAACAGGAGGAGGUUCUGAUGACAAAUGUGACACGAGCACUCCUAAUUGUGGUCCAGUUAAAGUCAAAGAAGAAGACGAGGAGAGCGAAAAGCGGCCGGCUGCGACAGGCAAGAGGAAACGAACCCAGAGCAAGACCGAAGGAAAAUCUGAUAAACGGCUGAAAGAAGAAACACAGAGUGAAGAAGUUGUGAAGACAGUGAUCAUGAAGGGAAAAGCUCCGGUGGACUUGGAGUGCCAGAAGAAGCUUGGAAAGGCUCAUGUUUACUGUGAAGGAGAGGACGUUUACGACGUAAUGAUGAACCAGACCAAUCUUCAGUUCAACAACAACAAAUACUACCUGAUCCAGCUGCUGGAGGACGACGCCUCCAAGGCGUUCAGCGUGUGGAUGAGGUGGGGCAGAGUGGGAAAAGUGGGUCAGAACAGCCUGACGCUGUGCAAUGGAGAUCUGCAGAAGGCCAAAGAUAUUUUCAAGAAAAAGUUUUUGGACAAGACCAAGAACGAGUGGGAACACAGAGCAAGCUUUGAGAAGGUGGCUGGAAAAUAUGACAUGGUCCACAUGGACUACAGCACAAGUUCUAAGGAUGAGAAGGAGACCCUGCCAGUCACCGAAGUGCCAGAGAAGAAAACCUCCAAGCUGGACAUAAAGGUCCAGUCUCUGCUGGAGCUCAUCUGUGACAUCAAAGCAAUGGAGGAGGUUGUGCUGGAAAUGAAGUUCGACACUCGCAAAGCUCCCCUUGGAAAGCUGACUUUGGAGCAGAUCAGUGCAGGCUACACGGCGCUAAAGAGGAUUGAGACGUGUUUAAAGCAUAAAGACCGCGCCCGUGAGCUGGUGGAAGCCUGCAACCAGUUCUAUACCCGCAUCCCGCACGACUUUGGACUGAAAACUCCGCCUGUUAUUCGGACAGAAGACGAGCUGAAGAAAAAAAUUGAGCUCUUGGAGGCAUUGAGGGACAUUCAGAUUGCAGUCAAAAUGGUCCAGAGCAGCGAUAAUGGUGAUGAGCAUCCUCUGGACCGACACUACAAAUCCCUUAACUGCCAGCUGAACCCUGUAGACCCCGUCAGCCAAGAAUACAAGGUGAUUGAAAAAUACUUGCAGUCCACUCACGCCUCCACACACGCUGACUACACCAUGAGUGUGCUGGAGAUCUUUGCCGUGGACAGAGACGGCGAGACAGCCCACUUCACGUCACAAAUACACAACAGGAUGCUGCUGUGGCACGGAUCUCGCCUCACUAACUGGGUCGGCAUCCUCAGCCAGGGCCUCCGAGUGGCGCCACCUGAAGCUCCUGUCACAGGUUACAUGUUCGGUAAAGGCAUCUACUUCGCCGACAUGUCAUCGAAGAGCGCCAACUACUGUUUUGCCAGAAGCCACAACCAAAUAGGUCUGCUGCUGCUCUGCGAGGUCGCCGUGGGAGACAGUAACGAGGUCUUGGACGCCAACUACAAUGCCAACAACUUGCCGGCUGGAAAACACAGCACCAAGGGUGUCGGACAGACCGGACCUGACCCCAAAAACUCUGUCGUUCUGAAUGGCAUGACGGUGCCAAUGGGACCGGGCGUGAAGACGUCAGCAGUGGCGGGCAGAGGGAGCGUUUACUCGCUCCUCUACAACGAGUUUGUCGUCUACAACCCGGCCCAGACGCGCAUGCGCUACCUGUUGCGCAUUAAGUUCAACUACUCAUCGCUCUGGUGACAGAUGAUACUGUAUUUAGCAUCAUGUAGGCACUCUCAGCAUUACAUGGGCUAUAUGACCUGUCUUUCUGUCUAUUAUUGUUCAAAAAUGUAGAUGAAAAAACAACUUAAGACCAUGCUCACACAACAUUUAUUAUUGAAAAUGCAUGUUAAAGGUACUGUAUGUAAUGUUAAGCUAUAAAAAUAUAUUUUAGGUCACUGAACGCAAUGAAUCAUUUGGAAAAGGCAUGUUGCUUUUUUCAGGAAUGGACUUUCUUUAAGCUUUAUUUUGGCUACAAUGGUGACAACUGCUGGUGUGGUGUGAUAUUUAAAAAAAAACCCAUCAGUCUACGUGCCUUGUUGUAUAAUGCAAUGAGAUUUCAAAAAAAGCGUGAAAAAAGAGCAUUGCUAAUCAUCAACUUUUAAACAGAGAGAAGAAUAAAGGACACUGCGCCAA